AUGGCCAAUUACGAUUCAGAUGGCGACGAGGGCGUGGCCACCGAGUCCAGCGACUCUUCCUACGCCGACAACGAGAGCAGCGGCGGCGAAUACACAGAUGACAACCUAAGAGAAGAGUACGAGCAGGCACAACAGAAGCCGGAGAAGGCUGCAUUUACGAACACCGGCACUCGUUCAUCGGCGCGCAAGAACAAGUGGGUUAUUAAGGAUAUCCCCGUCCGACCCACCCCACCUGCGAGGCCCAAGAAGAAGACCAAAAACGCGCAGAGGUCGCGUGCUAGAGCGUCGUCUACCCCGGACGCUUUCGACCCUAUUAUUCGGGCUCGCUGGGAAAGGCGCCGCUUCGAAGAACUCAAGCCUCAUUCAUUCACUAACCCUUUUAUCCCAACCAACGACGACGUGCAACGGUGGGUAGCUGACGGGACACCCCAAAGACUCCCGUACCCAAAGAGAUUCACCCAGGUACCCAAGCUCGACCCUGUUGUGGGGAAGUCUGCCAUGCGAGUCCCCGGCUACGGCACGCCAUCCAAUGGACACUCGGGCCCCAUUGUCGAGCAUUACAUGUCGCCAGAUGAUCAAGUCUUCGCCGCAGAUUUCCAGUCGUUCAAGAUCCUUAGCGAUAACGAGAAGCGGCAGAUAAUCGCGCGCGAGGCCGAGGAGUACGGGAUGGAGAAACCCAAAGGCUACAGCGUCUCCUUUCACUACAACCCGCAUGUUGAAUACCACCACUUCGGGAGUAGUCAUCCCAUGAAGCCGUGGCGCUUGACUCUCACCAAGCAGCUCGUCCUGGCCUAUGGGCUAGAGUACUGCAUGGAGUUGUACGAACCAAGGCCAGCAACCUUCGACGAGCUGGCCAUUUUCCAUGACCGCGAGUACCUUUCAUUCCUCAGCAACGUCACGCCUCAGAAUGCGAAACCGGAUGACCCUGCAUACCUCUCUUUCGGCUUUGGUGGCGAAUCCAACGACUGCCCUGUCUUUGACGGCCUGUGGAACUAUGUUUCAAUCUACAGUGGCGCUUCUAUGAAUGCAGCCUGGAACUUGCUGAACAAGCAAUCCGACAUCGCCAUCAACUGGUCCGGCGGCCUGCAUCACGCGAAGAAGAACGUUGCAUCGGGCUUCUGCUACAUCAAUGACAUCGUCCUCGCCAUCCAGCUUCUACUUACGCAAAACCAACGCGUGCUAUACAUCGACAUCGACGUCCACCACGGCGACGGCGUCGAGGCCGCCUUCGAGUCCACAGACCGCGUCUUCACUCUUUCGUACCAUAAGUUCGGUAUCGAUAGAAACGGUUACCCCUUCUUUCCUGGCACGGGUAAUAUCAAUGAGAUGGGGCCAACGGAUCCGACGAAUCGUGGCAAAGGUCACAGCCUCAACAUCCCGAUUGACGACGGCAUCGACGACGACCAGUACAAGUGGCUCUUUAAAACUAUCACCGGCGCUGUAAUCAACAAGUAUAACCCAACGGCUAUCGUUAUGCAAUCUGGGGCCGAUUCGCUUGGCGGAGAUAGGCUUGGUAGGUUCAACCUCAACAUCAAGGCGCACGGUUUCUGCGUCGAGACGGUCAAGAGCUACGGGCGGCCGCUUCUCCUUAUUGGCGGAGGCGGCUACACCCCGCGCAACGUCGCGCGCACCUGGUGCCAUGAAACGUCGGUUUGCGUUGGCGCGGAACUACAUAGCAAGCUACCGGCCCACAUUCCCUACAUCCAAGCCUUCCAAGGCGAGGAGAAUGGUGGCGGUAUCCUGUACCCUGACCUGCACAACACGAAGCGCCAUGAAAACCUUAAUACGCCACAGAAGCUGCAGAAGCUGGUGGAGCAAGCCAUGGAGAACUUGCGGUACAUGGAGGGGGCACCUAGUGUCGUAGUUAACACGAGGGGAAUCACAGAGGAGCAGCUCAUGCGCAUACGCGAGGCAAUUGAUCGAGAGCUCGAGGAGGGGGAGCAGGAGAGGGAGACGCUGCUGAGUGUUGAGAACACUCGACGCAGGAGGGAGAGGAAUACUGGCGGCAGAGGUGAGCGAGGACUGAGAUAA